AUGGCUGGUGCGUCGCCAAAACAUCACCCAAUGAUCCGCAUCUCCUUGUCGUCGCGAUCCCUAUUAGCACGCGAGCUGUCGACCAGUUGUGCGCUCGUGCCACGAGGAUUCGAGUUCCGCGGCUGGGGCGGCGUCGCGACGGAGUGGUGGGUCGGUUUUCCAUCUGCCGACAGCAGCCACCGCGCGCCGACCGAGGUCCCACGCCUGGCCGCGACCUGCGCGAGCUCGCGUUCCGCGCCGCCGCGCGCGCCGCCCGUGCGCGUCGCCUACAAGAACCUCUGCUUCGGCGGCUUCGUGCAGACGUGGGAGCAGGCCUUGGCGCUGGUCGAGCGCGUCGCCAUGCCCCACCUCGGUCUCCUGCCCGACACGUUCAACAUGGCCGGCGCCGUGGGAAGUGUGGCCGGUGAUCUACGCUGCCGCGACGAAGUGGCGUUGCUAGUCGGGCGCGGCAGCUAG